AAUACGGUAAUCUCGCACAAAUUCCACCUAAUAAUCAGCCCCAUCUCCUGGCCUAAUUACCAAGAUGACCCCACAAUUGACAGCUACAGAACAGUGUUUGACUCCCCCCGACGAUCUUGUUGUAAACCCACGGCCCUCUUAUUAGACUCCACCAACACACACACACACACAUACACACAAACAAGUGUUCUCCUUUUCUUGAUUGAUCACAGAUUUCCGUUUGCUUUUUGGGUUGCUUGAUUCGAUCGCUGCUGGGUCUUGAAAUCUGUUGAAUCUUUGAAAGAAAGAUCAUCAAAAAUGGCUUCCUAUGGAGGGACAACUCAAAAGUGUAAGGCUUGUGAAAAGACUGUUUACUUGGUGGAUGAACUCACUGUUGAUAAUAAAGUUUAUCACAGGGCUUGUUUCAGAUGUCACCAUUGCAAAAGCACCCUCAAGUUAAGUAAUUACAGCUCUUUUGAAGGAGUAUUAUACUGUCAACCUCAUUUUGAUCAGCUCUUCAAGUUGACUGGCAGUUUGGAUAAGAGUUUUGAAGGUACCCCCAAAACAGUUAGAGUUGAUAGAUCUUCUGAUCAGGGCCAAUCUAACAGUAAAGUAUCGAGUAUGUUUGGUGGAACACAAGACAAAUGUGUUUCUUGCAAGAAAACCGUCUACCCUAUUGAAAAGGUGGGUGUUGAUGGAAAUGCAUAUCACAAGGCCUGUUUUAAGUGUAGCUAUGGAGGGUGUCAUAUAAGUCCAUCAAACUAUGUGGCUCAUGAGCAUCAGCUUUAUUGCAAGCAUCAUCAUGCACAGCUUUUCAUGGCGAAGGGAAAUUUCAGUCAAUUUGACAAGCAACAUGAACCAAAUCAUGGAGUGCCCAAUGGGGUGACUGAGAACACAACCGAAGUUUGAUGAUCUGAGAUUAAAUUCAAGAUCGGGUUUCUGAAUGUUAAGCUAUAUUUUGAGCAGAGUUUUUGCAAGUCUGUGUUUUUUCUUAUGUUGUUCAAAGAAGAUUAUUUACAAGAUUUGAACUUUUUUGAGUUUUGACUGCGUGUGUUGAGUGAAUAACUUGUCAUUACUGAAUAAAGUUGGUGUGGGGUUGUAAGGAUGUGUGGUUCUUGUGAUUAUUUGAGGCUUUUGAUUGGUUUUUUUUC